UAAGCGGAUCGACCCAUGGAGCUGGAUGCCAGUGCCGAACAGGCUCUGGUCAGUGAUUCACCGUGCAUCAUCCACCAUUCAGCAGCCGGCGAAAUGGAGGAGUUCUUCGAGGACAGCGAGAUAUUCGUGACGGGCGGAUCGGGAGUGGUGGGCAAGGCGCUGGUCGAGAAGCUUCUGCGCUCCUGCAGCGUCCGCCGCAUCUACGUCCUGCUGCGCCCACGCAGACAGCUGACGGCGGAGCAGCGGCUCGUCCGCCUGCGCCAGGCCACUGUCUUCCAUGUGCUGGCCGCGGAGAAGCCCCAGGAGCUGGACAAGAUCGUGGCGGUGCCGGGCGAUGUCUCCCUGCCGGGACUGGGCAUCGAGCCCGCGAUGAUGCAGCGCAUGAGGUGUGUUUCCCUGGUCUACCACUGUGCCGCCACCGUGCGAUUCGAUGAGCCGCUCCGCGAGGCCCUGCGUCUGAAUGUCGGAGGCACCUUGGAGGCGCUCAAGUUCGCCGAGACUCUGCCGCAGCUGAGGGCCUUCGUGCACGUGUCCACAUUCUACAGCAAUCCCUAUUUGCGGCGGGUGGAGCCCAAGUACUACUCCUCGCCGAUGGACUGGCGGCUGUGCCUCCGACUGAUCGACGAGGUGCCAGACGACGGGCUGCUGAACGCCGUCACCAGAAAGCUGAUCGUGGGCUUUCCCAACACGUACACGUUCACCAAGAACCUGGCCGAAUCCCUGGUGAAUGACUACCGCCAUCGGCUGCCAGUAAUAGUGUAUCGUCCUUCCAUAGUUCUCUUUGCCGUGGACGACCCGUCGCCCGGAUUCUCGCCAUCCCUGAUGGGCGCCAUGGGACUGUUCGCGCUGGUGGGCGCUGGCAUCCUCAAGACUGUGUACCUGGGCAAGGACAUUCGGCUGGACAUCACGCCGCAGGACAUCGGCAUCAAGAGCAUGCUGUGCUACACCAAGCGGGGCUACGAGAUCUACAGACAGGGUCCGCCGGCCGAGCUGCCCGUUUACCUGUCCUCAUCGUGCACCCACGUGCCGCACACCUUCACCCAGAUUGCCGAGCAGAUGGACACGCUGGACCUGUGGCGCGAUGUGGCCUUUGAGAAGAACCUGAUGAUCCCGGGCUGCCACUACACGGACAGGCGGUGGGCCUACCAGUUCCUCGUCUUCACCAAGCAGAUCCUGCCGGCCCUCAUCCUCGACCUGCUCCUCAGGAUCUUCGGGCGGAAGCCCGUGCUGAUGAGUGCGGUUCGCAAGGCCUACCAGACGCUGGAGGUGAUGCAGCCCUUCAUGUUCAACAACUGGGACAGUCCCGGGGUCACGGACAUGGAGGCGCUUUCCCAGCAGCGACCAGGAUCCGCAUUCAACUUGGAUGCCUUCAAUCAUCCGGACAUCCAUGGCCUGGUGAUCCAGUCCUGCGGCCACAUGCUCCUCAGCAUCCGAACGCACUUGCUCCGCGAGGAUCCCAAAACGCUGGGGCGUUCCAAGAUCAUCCUAAGGAUCAAGGUGUUCCUCUACCGGCUGUUUCGCCUCUUCCUGCUCUACAAACUGAUCCUCUGGAUCUGGAGAAGCUAUCUGGCGCAUCGCUUCUAAGCUACCAUGUUUUCAGUGCUACCUCUGUUGCCUUGCUGUUUUUUUUUUUUUGUAAAUUAAGUCAAGUUGAGUUUUAAGUCAGCUCAAAUAUAUCGCUCAGACUUUAAA